AUGAUACUCGAAGUCAACAACACAUUCGGAGAAAGACGAAUGUAUCUGCUUGACGGAUCGAGCCCUGCCAGUCCGCCGCGCACAUCUGAUUCUGAACAAACGUCUGGAUCUGAAGAACAUGGACCGCAGAUACCUAUUCGGGCGAAGUCGAAGUUUACCGAUGUAUGGAUGAAAGAUUUCCAUGUUUCGCCGUUCAACUCUCGAAAGGGUUCGUAUGCGCUGAAGGCCCAAAACCCUUUCCCUUCUGUGAAUUACGAGAACCCUCUGAUCGACAAUACGAUUACCCUGAAGUCUUCCAAGGACCAUGGGAAGCUUGUAGCUCGCCUCUUCUCUACCGGAAAGGCUAUUGACCCGGACCAAUUGGGUUUCCUCGGAGCUCUGCGGUUCAUCCUAAGCUGGUGGUGGGUAGGCUUUGUAACGUUCCCGCGCAUCGUCAGAGAAGCUGGCAAGAUCUUUUUUAAGAGGAAGUUGCAUGUGUGGUUCCGGCCGGAGGUGCUAACGUCGAGCGUUGGUCGGCCUCCCACUUCCGCUGAGAUAAACUACCUACACGUACUCGUAAACCAGACCGAAGUGGACUUUUGCAUCACGUUCAAGGCGUCGGUACCCAACGUCCCCACAGACAAGAUCGCUACGACACACGUCCCUGAUCGAGACCGGCCAUACAAGAAUAUUGAAAUCCGUGUGCUUACACCAGCGUUCUACUCGCGACUCAUCCACUACACCUACAUAUCCGAGGCUAUCGAUCGCGAAUGCAUCUUCACCGACGAACGGAACAGGACAUUAUGGUUGUGCCGUCCCCAGCUCCUACCUCUGCUACUCUCAGAACGCUCAUCGAUACGCCUCAAAGACGAGGAUACGCCACUAGUCCGAAGAAGCUAUCUCGAUGAGCUGAGAUGGUGGUUGCUCAAGAAGUUGAGGUGCCCACCCGCAGACCCUGCAUACUCAGUCACGCCGCAAAAUCCCGCGGUCAAUGUAGAUGAUAUCCGCGCCAGGCCGUUCUCCGAGUUGGAUAGAUAUGUCCGGGGUUACUUCGGGCAGCACGCUUUUGUUUUGGGUUUACAGAGAUAG